AUGGUGUGAUUAAAACUGUUUUAUGACUAAUUCGGUAAUAUUUGGCUAAUAGAAAAAGCGCACAUUUUAAUAAUAAGUAUUGAUUAUUUUAAAGGUAUGUUGACUGGCUGGUGACAACUUUUAAUGAGGAAUUGCCAGAUGAAAACUGGAGGAUACCAGACCCUCAUCCAUCUGCUUUUAGUGCUACAACAUUGGAUAAUCGUGACAAUGAUUAUCACAGGUUAGUUAAUACUGUAGAAAGACACACUAGGUGCAGUCCAGCGUAUUGUUUGAAACAGAAAAGAGUGGACCUGCUUGCAGAAUGCAUAUUUGGUUUUCCAAAGCCAUUGCAAGAAGAAACAGAACUGAGCCUUGAGCUGGUGGUAGGUAAGAAUACGAAGUCUGUUGAGUCUGAGUUACAUACCAAACGAAAUGAUCAAAGAUUAAAUUCGCAUAACAGGGUGAUGCUCGAAAACUGGCGGGCAAAUGUAGAUUUUCAAGUCAUUGUAGAUGAGAAGGCUUGUGCAAGAUACAUGGCCAAGUAUGCUGCGAAAGGAGAACCCCGUUCGAAAUCGGAAAAUAAAUCAGAAAUACUAAAAUUGUCUGUGUCUUCAUUACAGAAUGAUGAUCAAGUCUCUUCGGCCUUCAAGAAAGCAAUGAUCCAAGUUGCUGGAGAUAGAGAUAUGGCAGCACAAGAAACUGCACAUAUGUUACUUAGUCUACCACUGGUUGGCUGCACAUUUAGUUUUGUUAUUAUUUCUUUAGAUAACAGCAGGAAGGUUAAUAUUGAUGCAGAAAACGAAAGCGAUGAGGUACUUCAAACAUCUGCGCUACAAGAAUAUGCAGAACGUACAAAAUUGAAGAGUAGGUAUACAGGCUUGUCUCAGCUAAAUCUGAUGCAAUAUGUGUCACAGUACACGAAAGUCCGAGGUGAGUUGACAAAACGAGCUAAUCCGUACAUUGUCAGGACAUUUCCAAAGAUUUCCGCUAAUCCUGCUGGUCCUGAUUUUGGUAAAUACUGCAAAUAUCAACUAAUAAAGUUUAAACCAUGGGAGGGUCAUUACCGUCAAAUGCUUGGAACAACGAGGAUGAAAGUGAUCAAAUGUUUAUUAAUGCAUAUGAAUUUUUUCUUAUGA